AUGGUCGUGGACUAUUUUCUACGUGGGCGGCAGUUUGGCCGUUUCCUGGCCAACCAUACUGAUGCACACGAGAGAUAUGGUUUCACUGAUCAAGAUAUCAGAUGGAUCAGCAGAUACUGCCCCGAGACAGGCGCAAACGACAAUGAGGUUGAAUACGAAGAGAAAUGGUUCGAUCCUAGAAGCUUGAGCACAGCAAGGAUGCACUGGAGACGUGCGAUGAAGAAAUUGAACGAUGAAGCACACGAAUCCGAAAUCGAAGCCGAAGACGAUAAUGGAGAAGAAGCUGAAGUUGAGGCUGAUCCUCAUCCUUCAUCACCUUUUCAUCCACGGACCCAGCCUUCGUCUCCUCCACUAUCGAUCCGGGCUCAACCACGAUUUGGAACUACACCAGCGUCUGUUCCUGCCCUAUCAACAGAGCCUCGGCCUCGUGUUCCUCACUGUACCCAACCUGCCACCAGCAGUCACUCUCGCGGUCAUAACACUCAUCAACCCCCAAUGCCAUAUCGCGCAUCAAUGAGCUCACGAUCCCGACGCCAAGCUUCCGGUGGGGAGGAAUUCGAUCUACGGAAUUCCUCCUUUUCACAUGGGAGUCGACUUUAUCGCCCCGUCGAGGAUGCAAGUGGUGAAAAUUAG